AUGCACUCGUCAAACCACAGAUCACAGGCUUCAAUUGCUUCAUCUCUGCCCUGGGCUGCAGACACGACUGCCGCCAUUCGUCGCGGCAAGAUUGAAAUCUCCAGCCCAAUGCCGCUUCCGCGCAAGAUUCCCAAUGAGCCAGGUUCACGGUUUGAUCACGGUGGGCACACAUACCAAACGGCACCGACUUCUCUUGGAAACACAGAUACAUGGCCUGCAAGAGGUCCUGGGCCAGCAUUACCAGACUUCAAUCCGCAACAUUUGGAGGAGAACCGUGCUUUGGAUGGUUCUGGGUCAUACAACAAUAGCAACAGAACGUCAGCUGCAUUGACAAACACGCAACAGUCUAUGUCAAGCCUUCCGUCAAGCGGAUCCGUGAGAAAGGACGGGGGUAUAAGAGCGACUUUCCGCAAGAUGUUUGGCAGCAAGCGCAGGAGAGAUGCGCUCUUCACAGGCACCAACGAUCAGCGAAGUAACUCCGUUUCUCUUCCCAACAACCCGGUUUCAGCUAAUCACCAUGCACUGCGGAAACCCUCGCUCCUUUUUGAAGAGCUCAUUCGAGGUAGAGCACUGAACUCGCAUGCACCAAAUAUAGUAAUCCCAGAACCAACUAGAGCUCUCAAAACUGGCGUUGAGACCUUUCGCCCUCUGAUCGAUGGGUACAGCCGACGCAACAGCCUUCCUAGCGUUGUGCUCUCAUCCCAGGAAGCGCAAAGACUUGGCUUGACCUUGAACCAUCAGGGCACUGAAUCUGACAACGCUGCCACUCACAGACCUUCCAAGAAGGCGACAAACAGAAGCUUCAUUGAUAGCGUGAGACGCAGAUCGCGCAGUGCUGACGAAUUACGAGACAUGGCGCGAUCACAGAAUACUCUCCAAGCACAAGAGCGGCGAUUGAGUGACGAGAUCAAAUAUUGGCGGAAUAGCGUUAUUGAGACUCCAAUCCCUCCCUAUAUUAGCUGUCGACAAGAAGCUAAAAAGGGAGUCGAAAACACUAGGUCAACGUCAUCGCACACUCCGACUUCGCCUACGAAGCGCUUCGACUUCAGUGGCUUGAUGAUUGGCAAUGUCGAUGCUAGCGUUGAACAAAGGAUCACUACCGUCGAGGUGAAACUGGUUGAUCUCGAGUGUGCCAUAGCUAAUCUUCAGGGUCACGAGGUCGCACCAAGAGCGGUAUUGGGGAAGCGACCCAGAAGGACACAGGUGUUGCGGGAGCUGUCUCAAGAGGACAAAGCGUCGUCUCGCAGCUCUCCCAACAUUAUUCCUCAAUCCAGUUUCGACUCCUUUUCCACCAGUUCUUCUACCUCGGACGACAGCCAGCGCCAAGCUAACGAGCAUCGGAAUAGCGUGGCCAACACGCUUCGACCGGGGACAGCUGCACAAGCUGAUGAUUCUACCGCAGCAGCAUCUCAUUCUAUUCUUUCCAAGCAGAAUUCCUCCGAGGACGAAUUUGCUAGACUGGUCUCGAUACUAAGCCGGGAACAAGAAGCACGCCAGGGGCUGGAGAUUCAGGUGAAAGACUUGCAAAAACAGAUCAACGAGCUUCGCUAUCCAGGAGUACAUCGAGGGCCACCCACGCCAGGCCACUUCUCGACACCCACCUCUAAUCUGCUUGACUCACCGCCUAUUUCUGCGACACGACACACUGUUUUGCCUUUCCGAACUGCAAGUCCGAGAUUGACCUUGAGGAUGGCUUCGAUGCAAAAGGAGAACGAAGGGGAUGAGACAGAUACCGAUGACGGAUUUCUGGAUGUUUAUGAAACACCUACGGAGGCCAUAGAGUAUGGCUUUGGUAUCGAUUCCACCCGGACUCCACCUCUGAUCGGGGUGGUUUGA